UUCAGUUAUUCUGACUUAUUUUGAAUCAAAUCAACUAACAAUAACUGACUGGCUUAUUUGGUAAACUUGUUUUAUGAAACAGGCCCCAGGAUCACUAGAAACUUCCAAGCAGGUGUGAUUUGGAGCUAAACUCUGCAGAGCUGUGGCCCUCCAGGAAUUGAGUUCGAGACCUCUGGCUGUAGAGGAUCCAUAGGUAAGCAGCAGCAUGAGACUGACAGCGUUGCUUUCUAUGGCAGCAAAAGCUGCAUUUCCACACGAUUAUCGUUAUGGCACAAACAGACCGUGGACGAUCGCAGCCCAGCGGCUCAAUCCACCCAGCAAGAAAAGAAGAAAGGUGUUUGUUGAACCUAUUGCAAAUGAAGACUGGCAUGUCGUGCGAGGAGACACAGUGGAGAUUUUGUCUGGAAAGGACAAAGGAAAGCAGGGCAAAGUUGCUCAAGUGAUCCGACGUAGAAACUGGGUCAUACUCGAGGGCCUGAACACGCAUUACAGGUAUAUUGGCAGAUCUGGAGAUUACCGGGGUACUUACAUCGCCAGUGAAGCCCCUCUGCUGCUGAAGGAUGUUACAUUAAUUGACCCAACUGACAGGAAGCCCACAGAUAUCGAGUGGAGAUACACUGAAGAGGGUGAGAGAGUGCGUGUUUCUGUCAGGACAGGACGGAUAAUUCCCAAACCAGUCUAUCAGAGAAAAGAUGGCAUCAUUCCCCAGCAGUGGAAAGAUGGACCCAAAGACACAUCACCAGAAGAUACGCUUCAGAAAACAUACACACCGUCUUUGAAAACCCUAGAGGAAGAAGUUAUGGAGAAAAUGAACAUUCAGGAAGAUGGAAAGCCUCGUAAAAGCUACUGGUACUGAGUUACCACAGAGACUGUGUGUUUGAGCUUAACAACAUUAGCAAGAUAAUUUAUCAUGGAGAAAUAUUGUAUGUUCUGCAAGCUUUGUCAUUAAACCCAACUAAAUGUUU